AUAUACAUUGGUCUUUCCUGAUUUUUCAUGGAUUUUGCAGAGGUCCUCCCUGUAGCUGCGAGUCUUCAAAUUACCAAUUUUGUCUUGAAGCUGUGUCCCAGUGAAAAAAUGAUUAUUUUUACUGACAGCUUUGCAUCUCAAGACUCAUUUCUUCACAUAAGACAUAUGCUUUUGUGUGACCCACGACCCUGGCCGCUCAGCGCUCUUGGUGGGAAAUUUUCCAUUACAUAUUUGUCUUGUACUCAUAGUACUUUAAUAAUGCAAUCUGGGACUCGACGCUCCAUCGGGCUUCUUGACUGCUUCCUCCGGCAGCUAAAGAUUUGCGUUUCCUUGGCAUUUCCUAAAGAACCUGACGAAUUUAAUACAACUUUUAAAAUAAAUCUAUCAAAGUAUCACCAACAUAAAACAUACCUGAAUUACCAGACACCGGCUACCAUUCUAAAACAAUAAUGACUUAUAUUGUCGUCUCUUUGCUCUGCAGCAGAAAACGUGCGAAUCCAAAAUCACCUGUUUCCCUCCCAAUUUCCCAAUAACUUUUAAACAACUUUUAAGAAUUGCGCGCUUUGCUUUAUUCUCCACUGUGUGGUCACUUGUGUCACUUCUUCGGCCUCGCCUACUUUUGUAUGUUGUUUCGUGGUUUUGUAUUGGUUUUGUAAUUUCCCAUUUCCCACUAUCCAAUCAGGAAGCUCUAAUCCAAUUUCCCGCGUUGCCACUAAACUUGCCACGAAUGGUCUUUAUUGGCCUCCUGCCUCCUCUCGGUCCUCGGUCUUGGCUGUUAGCUGGAAUUUGUAGUUUAAAAAACAUUAUAAUAUUAAAUUUUUUCACUCAUCUCGCGCUGGUUCCAGAGACUCCUGACAUCAGUUUUCCUAAACUUUAUUUACCAGAACCAACGUAAUACUUUUUUCAACAUGACAGUGAUGAGAGCUAACAACGAUUCUGCUCGUCAGCAGUCGCAGAAAACUUUCAGCUCUUUCAUGUAAACAAAGAAAGGCGAUUUUGGAUUUUCUUUCUUUUCUAGUCGUUGACAGAGCUCCCCAUCAUAACUUGUCUUGUCCAAAACUAGUCCCAAUAUGUCAGUUACUGAUCCACUUCUCAAAGAUUUAAAAGGGCACGCUGGCAAAUUUUUAACCACUCUGCAGGAAAGGGGAGCAGUCACAGAUGAUCUCCAAUUUUUGCAACACUUCUGCGAAGCUCUGGAGAAAAUAUUCCAGCAGGGUUUAAACGAGAAUUUCUACUCGGGUAAAGCAGAGUGCUGGAAUUGGAUGGAAAAUAUUGCUAGUCCACAUUACAGAGCUCCGUACUUGUAUUGUUCAACGGUGGCAAAGGUCAAAGAGACCGGACGAGUGCAAACGGACCGAGGAAGAUUUAGACUGCUAGUACGUAACUGCUUAGUCUACCGAGUGCUGCACUACCCUGUGGAAGUGCUCUUGCAGAACCAAGCUCAAUGGCGCACUUACCAGCCAAAUUCGAUCUUAGGCGAUGAAAUUUUGGGGCAGAUUUUUCUCUCUGUGCUCUUGCAGUGCAGCAAAAUCCAGUUCCACUUGAAUCUCAGCAAUGCACUUUUUCUCGACGAAACUUGGAUGCUUCCACUGUAUGAAAGUUUGGAGUUUGUGCCUUGCAAGGAAUUAGGGCUUUGUGUUGGAUUUUCUGGUGGCAAGGGUGCACUCGUAGUUAAAGUUCACAAAGCUGGCGUUGCAGGGGAAGACGAUAAAGUUUUAAUUGGAGACGUCGUCACAGAAAUAAAUGGGCUGGAAAUAACCACUGCUACUCGAACAAAACUUGGCUCAAUCAUGAGACAAGCUGUUGGACAGCCAAUCCAGCUAGGUAUCCUUAAGGCAAGACUAGCUGAUGGCAAAAUAUUUCCUCCAAUCCAAAAGCUUUUGCUGCAAAUGGACAUCCAUCUGGAAGGCACCAUCACCAAAAGUUAUAAAACAUCACAAGAUACUUUAGUGGGCUUCCCAGUUCACUUCUUAGGCGAAGUUUCUGUUGGUCCACAAGGUGACGUCAAAAAAGUAUCCAAAGGCAUCAUGGAAAUUGUGAGCACAACACCAGAAAAACAAAAGAUGCUCAUCGAAGUCAUGGAAAUGGGAGUUAAAGUCACAGAUGCUGACAGUCAAAAAGUUGUCUUCCAACACUCUUUUAUGGAAAUUUCUUCUUGUGGAAAAUCUGAACGAUUUCCUCAAUUUUUUGCUUAUAUAGCAGGGGACUCAUCUAGUUGCAACACAUCUUCAGAUUUCAAAUGCUACGUAUUCGACACAGCAAAUGAAGAGGACAUAGCAAAUAUUUUGUACAGUAUUGCUCAAGGCUUUCAACGCACCCACUGGGCAGUGUGAGAGAGGAAUCGAAAGUGUCAACAUGAUCUCUCUCGCUCUGCUGUUGAUGGUCUGUUUUGCCUGCUCCACUGAUGGACGUCAAGAGAGACCGAACAUCAUAGUAUUAGUGGCUGAUGACAUGGGAUGGGGAGAUUUAGGAGCUAAUUUGCCACAUUUAGCUUCAAGCACUCCGUUCCUGGACAAUCUAGCAAACAGUGGUGUGAGGUGACAAGUGCAAAAGGCUUAUAUUUGCCAAAGAUCUCAUAUUUGUAUUCCAAAAUUAUACACUAUUAAUAAAUUUAAAACAUAAUUUAUGAAAUGAAUAAGCAAA